UUUCAGCAGGAGCCCAGCUGGAUGAAGUCCAUAAAUUCCUCGAGGGCCGGCUGGCCCUCCUGCUCGAAGUGCUUCGGGUGUUUGAUCUUGUGGAUGGCAAUCGUGAUGACGAUGGGCUUCGCGCUUCAAGUCUGGGGCCUCCCGUCGAACUAUAAGGGGAAGUCGCCGGAGCCCACGGAUCAGGUCCCCACCGAACAGCUACCCCAAGAGAAGCUGUCCCUGAAACAGGGUUCCCUAAAACAGGGUUCUCCGAAACAGGGUUCCCCAGAACAGGUGUCCCAAAACCAGAUGCCCUCUGAACAGGUGCCCAAAAAACAGGUGUCCCAAAAGCAGGUGUCCCCAGAACAGGUGCCCGAAGAGCAGGAGAAGGCGGACGUCUCUCCUUUCAAGGAGGGAGUAUUUGCUGCUGAGAAAAUGAACCAGGACUUCGCCAAAUUCCAGGAGGAGAUCUACCAGAAGAGAAUUCUGGUGACGGGAGGCGCCGGCUUCGUCGGCAGCCACCUGGUCGACCGCCUCAUCAAGGAUGGACACAACGUGAUCGUGUUGGACAACCUCAUCACGGGGAAGAGGCGGAACAUCGAGCACUGGGUGGGGCACCCCAAUUUUCAAUUCAUCCUUCACGACGCAGUCCAACCAAUCUACCUCGAG